AUUCCGCCGUGCGCGCGCUUGCUUGCGGUUCCGGUUCUGCGACGUGUCUACUUGAUUUUCUCGAAAAGUUUAUCUUGAAUGGAGAUUGAUUCAAAGGUACCGGAAGAGGCUGAGGGUUCGAUGCAAGUUGACAGUAAGGUUCCGGAGAAGGAUGAUAUCUCUAACUCGAUGCAAAACCUUAAUAUUGAGGGAUCAUCAUCCUUCACUUUCAAGAAAAAGCCUGUCAUUAUCAUAGUGGUUGGGAUGGCUGGUAGUGGAAAAACUACGUUUAUGCAUCGACUUGUUUGCCACACAAUGGCGUCCAAUAUGCGGGGUUAUGUUUUGAACCUUGAUCCUGCUGUCUUGACCCUUCCAUAUGGUGCAAAUAUUGAUAUUAGAGACACUGUUCGAUACAAGGAAGUCAUGAAGCAAUUCAAUCUUGGGCCAAAUGGAGGAAUUCUUACUUCACUGAACUUGUUUGCCACAAAGUUUGAUGAGGUGAUAUCAGUUAUUGAAAAACGAGCAGACCAGUUGGACUAUGUUCUUGUGGACACUCCUGGACAGAUUGAGAUAUUCACUUGGUCUGCCUCUGGUGCAAUAAUCACUGAAGCUUUUGCAUCUACUUUUCCCACUGUGGUGACAUAUGUAGUUGAUACACCACGGUCCGCAAGUCCAGCUACCUUUAUGAGCAAUAUGCUCUAUGCUUGUAGCAUCCUCUACAAAACAAGGUUGCCGUUGGUAUUGGCAUUCAACAAGACAGAUGUGGCUAAUCAUGAAUUUGCUUUGGAGUGGAUGAAAGAUUUCGAGGUGUUUCACGCGGCACUAGAUGCGGACAACACUUACACAUCAACUCUGACUCGAAGCCUUUCUCUUGCACUUGAGGAGUUCUACAAGAAUCUCAGAUCCGUCGGGGUCUCUGCAGUUUCAGGUGCUGGGAUGGACGCCUUUUUCAAGACAAUUGAUGCCAGCACUGAAGAGUAUAUGGAAACUUACAAGGCUGACUUGGACAAGAGACGGGAGGAGAAGCAAUUGUUAGAGGAAAAACGCAGAAGGGAGAAUAUGGAAAAGCUGAGGAAAGAUAUCGAGAAAACUGGAGGAGAGACUGUAGUAUUGAGCACUGGUUUGAAGGAUGGAAAAGGGAAGAACAAGGAUAUGAUGGAUGACGAGGAUGAAGAGGAAGAAGAUGAAGACGACAUCCAGGUUUUUAGUGACGAUGAAGGUGCCAUAGAUGAGGAUGAAGAUGAAGAAGUUACUGGCUUUUCAUUUUGAGACUGUACAUGGUGUCUCUUUAAGAAAAAACAAACUCUGUAUAGGACUGAUCAAAGUGCUAAACCAAAAAGUAAGGGACAGAAAAAUGAUUUUACUGUGUAAAUGCGACAAUUUCUCCAGUCGUUGCAUCUGAUCUGAUGUUCUCAUUAUUAUGUGGUUAAAGAGUUAGGUCAUCUGGAUUUGUGUUUGGUGAUAAUUCUUUAUGGAUAAUGACUUUGAUCAACUGAAUUUCCUUUCUAUUCUUAACAA